AUGUCGCACGAUCACGACCACGCUCCCGAGCUCUCUCGCAAUCGGUUCCCAACACUCUUCGAGGUGCUGAGCCGCAAAACAGUCGCACCGCUCGAUCUCUUUUCCUUCUACAUCUACAUGCGCGACUCUCAACGAUCUGUAGACUACCUCGACUUCUGGCUGGAUGUAUCACAGCACUUGCAGUUGUGUCGACUGUACGUCCGCCGGCUACAUCGCUCCAUGAUUGAAGAGACACCGGACCCGGAGAAGGCGUCGAAGCGAUCAUCAUACAUCCUCGACAAUGCCGGAGAAGGACCCUCGAACAAUGAAAAGACAACCGGUGACAACUUGUCCGACCAGCGUCUCUCUGCGUUCCUUAGAUCGGACCGCGGAAGUCGCAACCACUCACCGCAAAACAGCCAGGGUAGCAACCUGAGCGGUGACCUGCCACGACCAAGUCUCCAGAUGCUUGCGACGCCCGGUGACUCCAGCUCGCCCGGCCAAAACUCGUCUGUCGACAAUACCCAGCCGCGAAGGGAGGACCUGCGCGCCUCGGCCGAGAAAAUCCUGUACACCUACCUGCUUCCAGGCUCCGAACGGGAGAUCAUCAUUCCUCAAAGCAUCCUGGCGGAGAUUCAGGACGCCAUCGAAGGCCCGGAGCAGCGAGCCGAUCCUGAGCUGUUCGACCCCGCCAAGGACUAUGUCUUCCAGGCGAUGGAGCGAGAUGCCUACCCAGGAUUCUUGCAAGCCAAGGGUCUCGGUAACCUGGUCACGCAGAGUAUGAUGCUGCGCCUUAUUAUCGGGCUGAUUAGCUUCUUCGCGGCCGUCUGGGCUGCCUUCAUCCUCAUCUUCCUGGACAAGUCUCGUUCGACACGAUGCUGGCUCAUCCUGCCAUUCACGAUUGCCAUUUAUCUCAUCUUCACGCACCAGUACAUGCUUGAUCCCAUCAUUGCUCUCGCGGGAUAUAGCGAGUACACUUUCUUCGACUUCAACAGGAUCCGCGAACCGUUUGUCCGAAAGACGCUCAACAGGCGGUCACUUACGGUGCUGGUCAUGUUCUUGCUCCUUACAACAGCCAUUUGCUGUCUCUUCAUCUUCGUCCCAGGAAAAAGACUGUGA